GCACCCUUCUCCGUUUUGCCUGUUUUCGACUUCUGACCGAUCAUCAGAAGAUCACCACCUUGAUUAUUAAGAAGAAAAGUUCAAAGUUUGCAUGUUGGGAUAGAUAAGAUAAGUGGGGAUGAUUUGUUGAGGUUUUUUCACUUUUCAAAUUUUUUGCUGUUUGGUUGCUGAGAAAAUGUGGGUAAAGGCUAAAACGUUAAAAAGUUUUGAUCUUGAUAGUUUUUACUUUGCUUUCUUGGGUUUUAAAAGAUGGGAUUUUUCUUUGUUUCAUUGUCCAGCCCUACUCACCAUUGUAGGAUUAGGGUUUGGUUAAGCUUUUUCAUUUUGGAUUGUAAAAUCGAGGGUUAGUCGGGAAAUUUUGUGAUUAGGGUUUGUUUGGUAGAUGAGUGAACCGGGAAAUCCAAGAGAGGAAGCAUGGUUCAUUUUCAAGGUCGUCCUCUUUGCUCAGGUUUCUUGGCAGUGGAUUUUGGGGUUCAUGGCAGUGUCAACGGUGGAGCAAUGGAUUCUGUUGAACUGGAGGCUGUUAGCAUGAGUAAUGAAAAUGAAAUGGGAGGAAAUUCUUCUGAAGGAGACUUUCAACUGGAUGAGAAUGAUAAAAUUGAUCAAGAUUCUCAGGAAGAUGAAGGAAUCCCACAGGGUGUCAACGAAGGUGAGCCUUAUGUGGGACAGGAGUUUGAAUGUGAGGCAGCUGCUCAUUCGUUUUACAAUGCUUAUGCCACAAGAGUGGGAUUUAUCAUUCGUGUAAGCAAACUUUCGAGGUCAAGACGUGAUGGAUCUGCUAUUGGAAGGGCACUCGUCUGUAACAAAGAGGGUUUCAGAUUGCCUGACAAGCGUGAGAAAAUUUUGAGACAAAGGGCAGAGACCAGGGUUGGCUGUAGGGCAAUGAUAUUGGUGAGGAAAGUAAGUUCUGGUAAAUGGGUUGUCACAAAGUUUGUGAAGGAGCACAGUCAUCCUUUGACACCUGGAAAAGGUCGAAAGGAUUGCAUUUAUGAACAAUAUCCGAAUGAACAUGACAAGAUUCGUGAACUGACUCAACAGCUGGCGCUUGAGAAGAAGAGGGCCACCACUUACAAAAGACAACUGGAGCUGCUCUUUCAACAAAUUGAUGAACACAACGAAAGCUUAUCGAAGAAGGUUAAGCACAUUGUAGAUAGUGUGCAGCAGAUGGAAAACAAUGACCAGCAGGGCCGCAUAUAGUUUAAGACUUUCAAGAUAUAUCAUUCCUUUUUUUUCUUUCUUAAAUUGAAAUACAGGAUGAAGAACUAGUAUAGAGAAUUGGGGUCAGAUAAAGGGCACAAUUUUGUGCCUUGGUUUGUUUCCUCAUGGUUUAGGGAUAUAACAUGUUGAUGUUGCUGUAGGUUUUCCAACAGAAACUAGUCAGUUGUAUGGAGUCUAUGCCAUUCAUUGGGAAUUCAGUGUACAUGGUUGGUAGGAUAAACCAGGCCAAUCGAUGUACAAUAUUUGAAGCCCAUCCGAUGCAGUUGUGCCAUUGAUGCUGGCGUCUGGGAUGUUUUCUAGGCUGGAAGAUUUAUGUAUACAACAUUUUUUCAUUUGAAGGAUUGUUUUUGGAAAAGUUUUAUACCCCUAUGUGCUGGUUGUUUAGACUUUAUCAUUGUUGUACAGGAGUCUAUUUGUAUUUAAUUAAUUGUUUGUCACAUUGGCAUUUUGUUAUUCUACUCUCUUGUAGGAAGGGAUUAUGUACUAGAUAAAGGCUUUCUUUUCUAGUUUUUUAAUAUAAAAAACUUUUUUUU